ACGCCCCUUUUAUUGAAACAUGGCAUGCAUCCAUCGCUGCCUAUUCCACCCAAUUCAUUUCAGUAUCUUGCGUUGUUAGAGAGUGCCUUUAUUUAAAUGAUGGGAAAUAUUUUAAAAUUAUUAACAUUAUUGAUGUGCCUCACCUAUUGCGCUGGUAACAAGCGGCUUUUGGGGAAUCCUGGUUUUGAUAGUGCAGACGCUUGGGAAUCCGGCUAUCUACCUUGCGCACUAGAAGAUGUGGUUUUUCCUGAAAAUUAUCACGCUGUGCUACCACUACCAGCAAAAGUAGAUAUCAGUGGAUUUGUGCUUCCUCGGGAAGGUGCUAUUUUGCUUAGCGACGAGUCCACUAUUACGCUUGGUGGUGAAAUGCAAGAGCGUGAAUGUGAAAAUGGACGCAGUCGUCGCGCUUAUUUAAAAGUUCCAGCUACAAGAAAGUGGUACGAUCCAAGCAGUUGGGUUAGUACUGCUGCCUCACAAGCACAAAAUACGGCUAUACCACAUUUAGAGCGCGUGCCGUGCGAUAAUGAAACUGUGGUAUUGCAACGCAAUGGCCCCCUUUCGGUUGAUUUGGAGAAUACUGAAUAUUUAAGAAUGGGUCAUUUAAAUUUGGCAGGUUCACUAAUAUCGAGCAGUUAUUUAAACUAUUUGCUACACACUGAUAUUGGACAGCUACUCUUUAAGAAUAGCCUGGACACAUUGGUGCAGUAUUAUCAUCAGGACACAUGCGGCUGCCAGAUGGAGGCUGAAAUGUUUAUGGAGCCGGUAUGCAAAAACGUAAUGGAAACCUGCGAACGUCCACAUUGUUUAGUGCCAGUGAUCCCGUUGGAAAGUUGUUGCCCGAUUUGCGGUUCGGUGCUACGCUUCAAAAUGGAAUAUUGCAGUGAAGAGAACUUGAAUAAAUUACGUAAAGUGAUCGUAGCCUCUAUCAAAGAGCAAGAGCUUACUAAAUAUUUGGAUUACCACAUCAAUUAUGUGAACAUGCCGCCGCAUGGAAAUUUCCUACAAGCCAUAGUAGUUGAUCGUGAUAGCUACAGCGAAAAGAGUGUACGUUUCAUGAAUCGCUUAAACUCCACAACCGAUUGGUCAAAACUAUUCGUAGGCCAUCAUCAAUUAGAAAUGAUCAUAUCGGGACGCCCCUACAAUCCAAGCAUUACCUUUGCUUCCAUCUUGCUUAUCAUUUUAUGUUUGGCAUUUGUUUCCGUGGUGGCUUUAGUCAUUUUUGCACACUAUGUGCCCGAACAUCGUUAUCUGCGCUACGUGCCACAGUGGGUAUAUGAUCCGAGGCGUUGGCGAACAUUCCUACUACGUCCCACUUUCAUGUUUGCUCGAUUUGAUAACCUAACCGGCGGUGACGUGGAAGCAGAUAUAACAGAUGGCAUUACUAUCGGUUACGAUGCAGAAAGCGGUCAGGUGAGAGAGCGCGCUUUCGACAAUCCGAUGUUUGGUGAAAAAUUGAGAGAGCACACUACCAACUCACCACCAACAGCAGUAGCAAAUACACAAGCAACAACUGCAACUACAUCGAGCGCUGCUACAGCUGUUGUUGUUGCUGCAAGCAUGUCAAAUGUUAAACAGGCGAAAUUAGGCAAGAAGUCAAGUGGUAAUAAAUUAGAAAAUGUUACUUUAGUUGAUGCCAUGGAAGAUAGUGACGUAGAAGAGGAACAAGAAUUGACGGAAAUUCCACUUGAGGACGUUUCGGGUAACGAUAGCGAAGCGGAGGAGGAAACAAAAGAGUAAUAUUAUGUGUAAUAUGUUGUUUGCAGAUGAGAAACAUUAUUACGGUAAAAAAAAAAAAAACAAAUUGGCAAAGCAGUGUAUGACUCAAAAGAAAGCUCAAUUUAUAUAAAUAAUGUUAUGUUAUUAUA